AGAACAGGAGGAGGCUGUGAGGAGAAUAGAGAUCCAGGAGAAGAUCUGCAGAACCUGAAGAGAUGGGGUCCACAGUCCAGAAGCAGAACCAGGACCGUUAUUGGGAUCGGGUCUGAGUCUGGGCUCAGGUGUGGAGAUCAGGUCCAGUUCUGCAGACCUGAGGUUAGACUGGCCCUCAUCAGGAAGACCAAGCUCCAGACUGAUCCAGGAUCUGCUGAGACCCAGAAGGACCGGAGGAGCUCGGUCACAUGGACCAGAACCACAGGUUCCUCCCCGUCUGAGGUCAGGUCCAGGUCCACAGGAGGCCCACUGAGGACCACAGUCUCAGAUCAGUCCUCAGGGGCCAGAAUCAGCCGGAGGAAAGUCCUGGGUCCAGAGUCCAGCAGAGCAGACGGCGCGCCAGCCAGGACCAGGACAGGAUCUGAGACUUGCACCAGGACAGAUUCUGAGACCAGGACGAGGACAGGGUCUGAGACUAGGGCCAGGACAGGGUCUGAGACUAGGACCAGGACAGGGUCUGAGACCAGGGCCAGGACAGGGUCUGAGACCAGGACCAGGAGGAGGAGGAGGAUCCACCCGUCAGUGUUCAGAGGCAGAGGUCUGCUGCGGCUGUCAAUCACUCCGGGGGCGGGACAACUCAUCAUUCACAUCCACGAGGCUCGCGGGCUGAGGUCAUGUGACUCCUACGUGAAGGUGGUGACCUCUGACCUCAGCAUCAGGAUGAAAACUCCUCCAGUCUUCAACAACAAAAACCCUGAAUACAACCAGGAGUUUAUACUGUGUGUCAGUGAUGAUGUUAGCAGGUUGAUGGUGUCAGUGUUCAGCAGGUGCAGGCAGCUGAUUGGCUGUAUGAGUUUUGGGAUCCGUUCUCUGGUCUCGUCCUCUGAGGUUGUGAGUGGUUGGUUCUACCUGCUGGGGGAGGAGUUUGGGCGGAGCAAACACCUGAGAGUGACAUCACAGCAGAAUAAACCAAUGAGGAGCUCAGAGGAAGUCCUGACAUACUGCGCAGAUCUCAGGAGGACUCCAGACUCGGCUCCGGAUCCGGACCUGAACACGACCAACCUGAACCUCUGCAGUGGCGGAGGACUCAAAGACGUGACGAAUCACAGCCGGACCGAGAGUCACCCCGUCAGCCUCAACCCCGUCAGCUCCUCCUCCAUCUGCGGUUCCGCCUCCAAGCCGAACGCCAACGCCAACCAGGUCCAGGCGAGCCGGGACAGCAACCAGCGCCAGGCGAGCCGGGACAGCAGCCAGCGCCAGGCGAGCCGGGACAGCAACCAGCGUCAGGCGAGCCGGGACAGCAACCAACGACUCACGGUGAGUCCACCAACACACGACUCAAACGACAGACACAGACUGAAGGUCCAGGUGCAGCGACCUGUUCUGACUCAUUCUCUUCAAAGAAAAGACUCAAUGACUUGA